UGAACACGACCAGAGAAGAAGAUGAAUCUUCGGACGUCAAUUAUGUGCGACCCGGCGUGUUAGCUGAAGGACAAGCAGAAUCGAGUGGAGGCACGAAAUAUCUUCAGGGUUUCCUCUGGAGAUUGUCAUCAUGGCGGUGGCAUCUUUAUCCCGAGCUCUGCGCUCGCUGUCCCUCUCCUGGCCGGCUCUAUUACCAACCCAGACAGCAGGACAGACGGUGCUCCGGUCCCAGACCAGCUCCAUGUUUCCCUCUCUAACCUGCUCUGGGUGGCGAGGCUUCCUGACUACAGCCUGUCUGGAGCAGAACAGAAACGCAUGGAAACAGAGGGAGAAAUACACCAUUAGACCUAUAGGCAUGAAGAAGACUGGAGGCAGAGAUCACUCUGGGAGGGUUCGUACACAUGGUAUUGGAGGAGGCCAUAAACAGAGAUACCGUUGGAUUGACUUCCAGCGUCUCCGCUAUGAACCAGGCAGAGAGGAGCAGACCUUCGAGGAGAGGGUGAUGGAGGUCCGGUAUGACCCCUGCAGAUCUGCAGAAAUAGCUCUGGUGGCAGGAGGCAAGAGGAAGCGUUGGAUUAUUGCUACAGAGAACAUGCAAGUUGGAGACCUCAUUAAAACCUCUGGGACUAUCGGCCGCAUGGCAGUUUCGGCUAAAGAAGGAGACUCGUUCCCCCUGGGAGCUCUUCCUGUUGGAACUCUGGUCAACAACCUGGAACUGUAUCCUGGGAAAGGAGCCACCUACAUCCGUGCUGCAG